GAUUUAUGUUUCUAUAUAUUGAAAGAGAGUGAAAGAGUAUAAAUAAUUAGUUGUGGAAAUAUUCGAAAUAUCUCCUAUCAGCUAUGUUUUAUGAUUUUAGCAAAAGAUAAGAAAAACACUGCAAAAUUUGGGAAAGUAACGCUUUGUUAAAAUGUGUAAAACGGCUACUUGAUCAAGCCGAAAAAUUUUUUUCUACAAAGCGGAUCGAUACGUCCGUUGACGACCGUGGCAUAAACAUGACUGAUUUUCAAACGCGAACUCGAAUUCACGGUUCUGGCUAUUCGUUUACAACAAUCAGGAACCCAUGUCAUUCAUUUCAUGAAUUGUACAAGGAGAGAACGCAAAUACAUUUUAGACGGCCGUUUCCGCACGAUUGCAGGCUUGACGCUACAAGAAGGUACACUGACUCUUCGGUCUUUGAGGCGAAAGUUUUCUCUGAAGGAGUUAGACUAACAGCCAAAUCUUGUGGACAACUAGCCAGAAAGGAAGAAAGACAGACUGGUGUUAGCAAAUUAAUCUAUGCAGUUGGGGGAAGACCUUCGGCAUUGGAGGGAAAGUUCAAAUUUCCAAAGGGUCUUGCUGUCUCACCAAAUACUGAUAUAUUUGUCGCAGAUUCAGGGAAUAAUAGAAUUCAAGUAUUGAAUCAGUGUGGUGUGUUCAAGUACAGUUUUAAUGAAGGAUUGAAUCAACCGUCAGCGAUUGCUGUUUUACCUAAUAAUGAGCCAAUUGUUGCUGAUAGAAGAAAUAAACGGCUAAGAUUAUUUGACGAAUAUGGCGAGCGGAAAUACGAUAUUAAUCUCCCUUAUCAACCUGCAGAAAUAGUUCUCCUCGACGUCUCCAACGAUUUGGCUAUAUCCAAUCAGAACGGCUUAGUAGAGAUUUUUGACACGGAAACUUUUAAUAAAAAAUAUUCAUUUAGGCCUAAUUCCACGAAGAUCUUUCAAAUGGCUACAAACAAUGAAGGGAAUCUGUUAAUUGCAGACUCUAAUGCCAAAGUUUUAACAUACUCUAUCUCAUCUAAAAGCCAGGUUUGUCAAAAUAAAGGGCGAGCUUUAAAGUCCACUUUAACACCAAAACAAUUUUUUAUCGUAAUGGUGAAGUUGGCACUUUUUUUUAUAUUUUUGUGACUAAAUUUAGAAUGCAAAACUUCAAAAGAACAUUUGAAUUUCUAAGAAAUGCUUUUCACUUUGACCCCUACAGAUAAUCAACAGUUUUGAAGCGGAAGCCUGUAAAGAUGGACUAUUCUGCGAACCUGGUGGAAUAUACGUAAAUCCAUUUAAUCAAAUAAUUAUUGGGGAUGCUUUGAAUCACACAGUUAAUUUGUAUGGUGAAACUGGUCUUUAUAUCAAGGCUUUGGUAACGCCAUCAGACGACUGCGGAGCUGUGAGGAGACUGGUUAUAGGCAAAGAAGGUCAUUUGGUCACCAGCGAAUUUUCAGCUAAUUCCAAACACUACGUAAAACUUUUCCGAUAUCGGAAGUGUGUUUGUCACUAUGGUAGGCCUAACAGCAGUAGAAGUGAAUAAGAUUAACAUUCAGUAACAACGUAAAAAUACGUAUAUGCAUAUUCAAUAUAGUCAAAGAGUUCUUCUUCGUUUGAAUAAAAUAAUUUCUAGCCU